AUGUUGCGCUUCGGAGGACUAAAGUAUAAGAAAUUGAAUAAUGCCGGCUUUGCCGACGAAGCGCAGGACAGCGAUGCCAGCAGCAGAAACAGCACUCCCGCCCGGGUAAACGGAAAGCCGGAAAAAUCGGUACAUUCCACGCCACCGGCGACGACGACUACGACGACACUGAAGCAGCAACGACUGAACAAUCAGCUGAAUGGAACCGCAAUGAAAAAUACCAAUACCUUUCAUGUGUCCUGCCCAACCGAGCAGAAGAGGCACGCGACCGCCAACUUCCGGCUAGUGGUGGACGACCAGUCCGAAAGCGAUCCGUCCCGAGUGUCUUCACACGCCGCCGUCCAGCCAUCAUCGCCUUCGACCAACUUCAAGCUGCUGAGUGGAAAAUUUGCCAUCGACAGCAAGCGCAAGAUCACCUGCAAAUCGCGCAUCUACAAGUGCAUCAAGCGCAUCCUGCGGCGCAACACCUUCACCGGAGGCACCACAGCCAAGGACCAUCGGGGGCCACCCGCUGGGGCCGGACGGCAGCGACUUCCGGUCGUACUUCGCUCGCCAAAUGCCGACUACCGCGAGAUCAAGACGCUUCUGGAGAAGCGCAAUCGCGAUCUCGAGUACGACGUCAAUCUGGCGAAAUGCGUCGAAAAGCCUGCCUUCAUCAAGAAGAUCGCCAUCAACAUGCUGCAUUCCGCGGUCGGUGAUGAAAAGCGCGACGGUUCUGAGGUCCUGCGACGAGAGCAACCAUUCGCGCUAACUAGCUCGAUCCAGAGCGACCUGGAGGAGGCACGCGAGUAUCAGCGAUUGCUCGGCGAAAGCUGGUACCACGAGGACCUGCCUCGCAACCUAUCACUGGAGCUGUUGAUGGACAAACAGCCUGGAAGCUUUCUGGUGCGCAAGAGCGCCACGCAACCCGACUGCUACGCGUUGUCGCUGCGUGUGCCGCCAGGAUCUGGUCCACGGAUUGCACACUACCUCAUCGUACGGACGGCCGCCAACGGGUUCCGGAUCAAGGGCUUCCAGAAGGAGUUCAGCUCGCUGCGGGCCCUCAUUGUGCACCACUCGGUGAUGCCGGAAGCGCUGCCAGUUCCGCUCGCCGUGCCACGUCCGGUCAAUCUGGUAGUCAAGACCAAGUUCGAGGAUGACUACGAGACCGUGUUCGACCUCGCGAAGACGGCGCAGCGUUAGGUCAGACGCCGCCACUCCGCAGCGAUUACCAAAAGAUUAUCCUAUUUUUAGUUCAGCCUUCUUUUCAAAUGCUAUUUGUUAUCCCUUU